CCCUGCCGGUCACGUGUCCAAGUGCCAGACAUGCCACCCUGUGCCACCCUCCCCACUGUCAACAACGCCAGGCCGUCAGUUGUCAAUGGCAAUGACACGGUCACGGUGACCUUUGAGUGCUUGACCGGUUUUUACAUGUCCGGUGACCCAGUGGUCGUCUGCCUGCCGUCUGUUGGCGUCUGGUCACCACGGCCUGAAUGCAACGUCAUCAACCAGGACACGAACGUGACGACAACAAUCAAUAACAAGAACGAAGAGUGGCUCUACUACUGCUUGAUUGGGCUCCUGGCUCUCAUUGCCGUGGCCCUGCUGGCUGCUACCUUGGCCUACUGUUGCUGCCGGCCAACCCACGUGACUACCGUAUACCCCUACACCAUCACUCGGGUCCCGGCAUCUUGGUGGCGUCGCUGUUGCUGUGGCAGUGUGGACGGGAGUCACGUGGUCACGCAUCACGACUCGUCUAAUUACCCGCAGCAACCCCGGGGGAGGGGCAGCGUCUUGUGGGUGACUGGAGCAAACGGUGGCCCCGCCCCUAUGACGUCAGUCGAGACACCCACACAGCGCGUGGCCCACGUGACCAAGCACGUGCAGCCAGCGAAAGACCCCAACAAACACACCAAGAUCUGGAUGCCACACACCCACAUCGUCAGGAACACCAGCACCAAGUGACGUCAGUCUAGCCGGAGUUGACGUCAGUCUAGGUAGAGUUGACGUCAGGCAAGCCGGAGAGGGAUUGACGUCUGACUAGACGACACAAGUUGACGUCUGUAUAGACUGACACGGAUUGACUUUUUUAAAAACGGACCCAAAAAGACGUCUGUCUAGAUGAAGACGUCACUAAAUGUCUUUUGGUUAAUAAUCGAGGUAACCUUAUUUGAACACAUAGUCAAGUCUAGAUAUAAAAAAAAUUACAUUUUCUGAUUGUGGGGUUCAACUACCAACCAAAAUCACCAGUCUAUAACCAAUCCACAAAUCUUACCAUAUUAAUAAUUUGUAUU